AUGGAAUCAAAGCUGAUGACAGGCCAGACACCGCCAGAACGGGCAGCUCCACGCCCUGCAGCAUCGGGUAGUUACCAAGACCUCGCCAACGCAGGGAGCACACGCACCAUGCGUUCUGAGGACCAAAUCAAGAGAGCAGCAGAUAUCCUUAACCUCUCUGUGUACGAGCUGUCUCAGGCUCUGAAUGCCAAGGUCCCGGUCCGGUCGCAGAGGCAGGAGCUGGAUCGCGCGGAUCUCGGCCAGAACUCAUUCGGACGCGAUGGCUACCAAAUCAUCAACCGGAGCCCUUCAGAUGGCCAGGAAAGGGUGGGAAGCCCAGCUGUGCAACAGCCCCGCAUCUUUGCGGAAGUGUCAAGCUACCACCCCCACCCUACUACAUCGAGUCAAGGAGCUCAUGCCGACCUCGAAAGCGACUGCCAUCUUUACGAAACUCACUCUCCUUUCCCAGCACCCUCUUCAUCGCGGACGAUAACACAAGUCUCUGCUACAACUGGCUCUCAAACUCUCUCAAACCGAUCCACCCCUUUUCAAGAAAAUCGGAACCAGGAUGAUUCGCGAGAGCUCAGAUACCUGGUAGAACAUGGACCAUGUAGCAACCUAUGGACUGUUCCAAAAGCUGGACGAGGAAACCGUGCCGGAGCCAGUCGAGGGGCCGGUAAGAAAAGGAAGAGGCUUUCGCCGGAAGAUCAGACAGAUGCACGUCCUACGAGCCGAGGUCCAUUUCAAGAUUCUGCGAAGCGUUUGGAAACCGCAGAAACUAGGCAAAAAGGCGCAUGCGUUCGAUGCUUUAUGCAGAAGAUUAGAUGUGAGAUUAAUCCUCAGAACCCCGACGGUGCAUGCAAGACUUGCCUUCAGCUGAAGCAGUCAAUUACCCGCCUUCCUUGCCUCAGGUAUAAGAUCACGGAUGCAUCGCUGUUCCGCGAGCAAAAGGCCCCAAAUCCCUUCUAUUCAAAGAGAUGGGACAGCAUGGAAAUCAAAGAUAUCAGCGGGUGGGCGUCAGAGCGCACAAAGACAAUCAAACUCACUCAUGGUUUCGGACAAGCCGAGUACACGUUGGAGCUCAGGGAGUUCCAGCCUGUAGAAGGGGAUCUGUUGGAAGAAGUUUGGUACGACGGCUUGACCAGAAAGGCGCAUCCGAUCCCACCAUACGCAAUUGCCAACAUGUCCCAAGCGGCGCGAGAGAUAACACGCUAUGUCGAAAACUCGAUUGCCGUCUUCGUUGUCGGUACUGUAGGCGAACAUGACCCGAGUUUUCCUUUCUUGUGGCAAACCUAUUGGAUGGCCUUCAGACAUGCACACGAGUCUCCUAGGUAUGAGGAGAGAACACUGCUUCUGGAUGCUCUUCGACUCUGGGUUACAUCCCGAAUGACAAGUCUCCCUGAGUGGAUCGGCAGCGACGAGAAGGUUGGGACGAGAGUGGAGGAUAGGUCCAGCCCCUACUAUGGCACGGUGCCUGUGGCACCAGUGAUUUGCGCUCAGCUGGAAGUCAUCACAUACUCCCAGCUCCAGCGACCUUUGCGGAAAAGAGUGCUUGACGGGCUAGCACAGAUGAUGAGGGUCAACGACAGGCGGAAUUGGUUCACGAUAUAUUUGACUCUCUUCAUAUUGCUCCACAGCUGUUCCAUGACAACGAAGCGCGACCAAGAAUACGCUACUCAAAUGGCAAUGACCUCCCGAUACGCGAACCCAAAGAGCAUAUCCGAACACCACGUGGGCAUGAUGACCAUGCUUGCAUACUUUCACUAUUGCAACAAAGGAAGAGUUCCGUUCGAGCUUGCAAGUGAUCCAGCUAAAGCUGCAGAGCUCGCAGCAGUUGCGGCGUUGAACGAAGACCAGAUGGCGUUCGUGAGGCAGACUGCGGAGUGGAUCAAAGCGAAGCGUAAAAACCCUAUAUUUCAACAGUUGCUAUUGACAGGUAUUGACUUGCGAAUAGGAGACCAUGUGAAAAGAAUCAGAGAGGAGAAAGACUGUGGAGAUCACUACUAUUUUAUCUCGCAACUCUUUGAUGCGGAUUGGAGGCCGACCGCCACCGCUUAA